UCCAAAUGUACAACACAGUAAUUUAUUUGAAUAAUAGUCAACUCAUAUAAAAUUAUAGAAAAACAAUUAUUUGGUAAAUAGAAAGAAAGAAAUAAAGUAUGAUAUAAGAAAUAUGAAAUAUAGAUAUGCUAGGCAAUAUUACAUAUAAUGAAUCAUUAAAAUUUUCAGAAAGUUAUAAUUUAACAAUAAUGGAAACUGAAUAUAAUAAAUUUAGAAUAAGAUAGUAAAUAAAAAAUAAAAUAAUACUUAAAUUCUUUCUUAAUAAUGUAACUUUUACUAUAUUUUCUUUAGAUUCCUACCUUCCUUGUUGAUUUUGUGA